AAAAAGAUAUCUGCAUUCGGCCGUAGUGGGCCUAAAUUAGUUAACAUAGACUAACACUAGCCCAAUAAUGGACCCAAUUUGAAGAGAAAAGAACAGAACAUGUUAGAUUCUUCUAGAAUUUUACUGAGAUUUCUUCUAGAAAUUGGUAGUUCUUUCUCCCAACACCUCUAGAAAUUUCUGCAACUCCUCUUUAAAAUCCUCCCCAACCCGUUCGCUCAGUCAUCUCAUAUCAUAUCAUCACAGUGUCAAACUUUUCUCUUACCAAGUUGUUCAUCCAUCUCUAUAUUUCAAUUCCAAAUCCAGCUUUUCAAUCAAGUGUUGUUGUUGAAACAAAUCAAGAAAGAUGAUGAGCUCAAUGUUGUUUCCAGACGGUGCUCUUGAUCUAUUGCAUGAUCAUCUCCACCACCACCACCAUCAUGAUCAUGGCCAUGAUCAGAGAGACAAGUUGAGAGCUGCUUUAAUCUCAAGCGGUGGCGGUGCUGGUGGAAGUUAUCCAGCUGUUGACAUUCUCGACACUCCAAAGGAAUACAUCUUCCAUUUUGAUGUACCAGGGCUGUGCAAGACUGAUAUCCAAGUGAAUGUAAUGGAGGAAGAGAACGCUGAUCGCAAUCGUGCCGUCGGUCAGAUCUUGGUCAUUGAAAACGCUACCAGUGGCGGUGUAAAGAGGAAGCGAGAGGGAAAUGAGGGUGGUGACCGGGAAAAGAAGAAGAACGGCCACGGCGAGGAGGCUGAAGGAGGAUCAGCAUCAUGCACGUCUUUUAGGCUUGAAAGGAGGGUGUACCCAAAGAAAUUCAUGAGGAAGUUCAGGUUACCUGAAAACGCUGAUGUUUCUGCAAUCUCAGCCAAAUGUGAGAAUGGGGUUUUAACUGUUAAGGUGGAGAAGAAACCUCCUCCUCCACCAGCUAAACCCACUGUCAAAACUGUUGAAAUCACAACUACUGGAAAUUAACUUGUUAUCAUAUCAUGUAAUAGCUGUAGUAUCUGUUAACUAGUAUUAGUGUACUGCUUCUGCUAGACAGUUUCCAGUUUGAUGUAAUGAAAGUAAGCUACAUUUCCUCUGCAAGUGUUGUUGCUAUUGAACAUUCUUUUACCAAGUUAUACCAUUACAUUUCCUU